AUGGCGCCGCCGCCACCGCUGUCGCUUUCGCUGCCGCGACCCGCUUCCACCUCAGCUCGCCACCGACGCCGCAGGAAGCCGGGGAGCCGCCCCCUUCGUCUUCUAGUCGAGCCGGUCGAGGACCCCUUCUGGAAUCGGGCUGCCUACAGCAGACGCCUGAUCAAGCGACCCAAACUUUGGGGGCUCGCCCUCGCCUCAUACGCUCCUAACAUUUGCACAGAUGACCAUUUGAAGAUUUUUAUUAGUGUGUGCCGAAAUCUGCGGACUCUGGACUCCUCAAAUCCGAAGAGUUUUUGA